UCAUUUCAAUCUUUCAAUCUUCCGAACAUUUGACGUGACCUAUUGGGCGGUGAUUUUUGGAGUGCUCCGGUGGUGUGUGAAGAUUGGCCCGCCCAGUCAUGCGUAUUCGAGAACCCCGGGCGGCCAGCCAGUUACCCUCGACACCCGCCCUAAACCCGCCGGCCCGAGCCCAAGCCAAAAAAGGCCGCGGUAAAGCGGCCAAGUCAGCGGCCAAGCCUGCGGCAGGGGUAGCGGCCCCUAGUCCCGACCCGCCUACCGACGACCGAUCCGAGGCCAUCGACUCGCCAUCGUCCCCAGCCCAGCCUGACCCGCCGGCCCCGGUCGCCUCACCCGCCGGAACAUCGUCCUCCGUUAAACCGGCUCGCCAGAAACGUGGGCCCAAAGCCAAGGCCGAGAACGGGAAAACCAAGAUCGCCGAGGCCGAUCAUGCUUCCUCAGGUGAUAAAGACAGCCAGCCAGCUGAGUUGAAAAAGCCCGGCCCCACUCCGGUGAAAGAGGCCAAGAAGGAUCCUUAUGCCAAGUUGAAAAAAUGUCUGCCUCCGUGGGCAUCGGAGGCCAAUCCAGGAGCUCAGAAGAAAAUGACUCGCACGCCCUUGGCCUUGUUUAAAGAGGCCUUUGACAUUUACGCCGACAAGCAAGGCGUCGCAUCACUCAGUUCCAUGCGAGCCUUUUUUCAUCACGAGACGGAUUGGAGCAAUCAAGCGCUGAAAAAAAAACUGGAGAAGGCCAUUGCGGCCAACCAAUUGCUUUUGGUGAAAGGCAAGGGUCUCACUGGUCACUACAAGCUACUCACGGAGAAGAAGAGUCUGCAACGCGACAAGAUCACACCCAAGAAAGGGCGAGGCCGGCCCGCCAAUCAGCUUUCCGGGCCCGUCGAGCCCUUGGAGAACCACUUUGGUUACAUCUUCAUGUGGGCCACUCAUCCGAAAGAGGCCUCGGUCUCAAUCAUCAAGAAGUACGUGAUCAAACAUUUCCCCAUGCUGGAUGCGGAAUCCGCCUUGCGCAAGGCGUUGGAGCACGGCGAAGCCGACGGCAAGUACAAGCGUAUCACGGGCAAGGGCAUGAGCGGCACCCUCCAGCUUAUGGACGGAGCCGAUAAGACCGGGCAACUCCUGGACGAUGCCAUAGAGGACGCGUUCAUCGCCAUGAAUGAGCCCAAAGAGGUGUCCGUGCCCACCCUCCGUGACUACUUGGACGAGUAUCAUCCGGAAUAUCGCACCAAUGUUCGACCCAUUGUACUCAAGAAAGCCCUGGAUCGGGCCGAAGCUCGGGGUUGGAUUGAUAGGAUCACAGGUAAAGGAUUUAGUGGAACGUUUCGCUUGGCUCAAUCCUAUUAUCCCGGCCCGGUCGAGGUGUGGGGCAAAUGGUUCGAAGGACACAAAGGCUAUCUGCCCAAAAACGUGGACGCCAAGAAAGUUCGGCCCAAAUUCACAUUCGCGGAUGAGGAUGACUUCACAGACGAGGACGAACCCGAAUACAUUCCCCGGAAACGCAAAAGAUUCAUUUGGGAUCCGGAUAUGUCGAGCCCGUCGAAGAGCGGGCCCAGGAAGAAGAAACGCAAACACUGAGAUGCAUUUUCCUUUUCACAAUGGGUUCUUUUCUUGUCACCUGCGUUGAUGGCUGAGAGAAGAUGGACCAACCUCACGGCUCCAAAUACGCCCCGAGAGGACGUAACACGUGUAUAUGAUGUACAAAAAAUGUCUAUUUAAUCAACUAGAAAUGGCAUUUGUUCUCGAACCCUUCUUUCUAUCAACUUGGCUUGGAAGCUUAGUUGGGUUUAAAUCUCAAAUUAUCAUUUUUUAUGUAUUUCUUCCCUCUGUCUACCAAUAAAAGUAUUCAGACGAGACGA